GAGUCUCACUCUUGUCGCCAGGCUGGAGUGCAGUGGCACGAUCUCGGCUCACUGCAACCUCUGCCUACGGGUUCAAGCAAUUCUCCUGCCUCAGCCGCCCAAGUAGCUGGGACUACAGGUGCAUGCCACCACACCUGGCUAAUUUUUUUUUUGUAUUUUAGUACAGACGGGGUUUCACCAUGUUGCCCAGAUUGGUCUCGAACUCCUGAGCUCAGGCAAUCUGCCCCCCUCGGCCUCCCAAAGUGCUAGGAUUACAGGCGUGAUCCACCAUGCCCAGGCACCAUCAUGAAUCUUUCAGUCCACAAAUAUAUUUGAACUCCUUUCGAAGCCAUUCUUUUUCUUUUCUUUCUUUUUCUUUUUUUUUGAGACAGAGUCUUGCUCUGUCGCCCAGGCUGGAGUGCAGUGGCACAAUCUUGGCUCACUGCAACCUCGGCCUCCCAGGUUCAAGCGAUUCUCCUGCCUCAGUCUCCUGAGUAGCUGGGAUUACAGGUGCAUGCCACCACUCCCGGCUAAUUUUUUUUUUUUUUUUUUUUUUAGUAGCGAUGGGGUUUCACCAUGUUGGCCAGGAUGGUCUCCAUCUCCUGACCUUGUGAUCCACCUGCUUCGGCCUCCCAGAGUGCUGGGAAUACAGGCGUGAGCCACCGCGCCCGGCCCGAAUCUAUUCUUAUUUUCAGCCCUUAGUUUUUAUAGACAAACAGAAGGUGACAGUGUAUCAGAUUGUCAGAUCACAAAGAUCUCAUAAGGCAAAGUGAUCAAAUUCAUUGAUCGUAGGUGGCCACCUGGCGAUAAGGACUGCAGGGCCUAAGAAAGUACAAAAGAUGACCUUUAGUAGGAGCUCCCAACCCAGAACCACAGGAAAUCAAAAAAAGCCCGCACGGGCGGAUCACGAGGUCAGGAAAUCGAGAACAUCCUGGCUAAUACGGUGAAACCCAGUCUCUACUAAAAAUACAAAAAAUUAGCCGGGCGAAGUGGCGGGCGCCUGUAGCCCCAGCUACUCGGAGGCUAAGGCAGGAGAAUGGCGCGAACCCGGGAGGCGGAGCUUGCAGUGAGCCGAAAUCGCGCCACUGCAUUCCAGCCUGGGCAACAGAGCGAGACUCUGUCUCAAAAAAAAAAUAAUAAUAAAUUAAUUAAUUAAUUUAAAAAAAAAAAAAAAAGCCCGCACGAACUAGGAAAGAAAAUGCACAACCGGCCAUCCGUGCGACCACCCAUCUCCCUCACCAGGAAAGUAGCUCCAAACCGCCAAUCAGCGGCGACGCUGGACGUAGACGUCCUACGCCGUGAUAUUAAAGCAAGAUGGCCGCGCCCUGCAGAUUGUCUCUUGUUGCGUCAGAUGUCAUGUAAUCCUUCCUUUGGUGGCAUCGGAAAGGGACAUUUAAUGAGGGAAGUAGAUGCCUUGGAUGGCCUGUGUUCUCGCAUCUGUGACCAGUCUGGUGUACAUUAUAAAGUAUUAAACCGGCGUAAGGGACCAGCUGUGUGGGGUCUGAGAGCUCAGAUUGAUAGGAAACUCUAUAAACAGAACAUGCAGAAAGAAAUCUUGAAUACACCACUGCUUACUGUUCAGGAGGGAGCUGUAGAAGAUCUUAUUCUUACAGAACCAGAGCCUGAACACACUGGGAAAUGCCGUGUCAGUGGGGUUGUUUUGGUGGAUGGAAGCACAGUAUAUGCAGAGAGUGUGAUUCUGACUACUGGGACAUUUCUGAGAGGCAUGAUUGUAAUUGGAUUGGAGACGCAUCCAGCAGGACGUUUAGGGGAUCAGCCUUCUAUAGGAUUGGCUCAGACACUGGAGAAGUUAGGGUUUGUGGUGGGAAGGUUGAAGACUGGGACUCCACCCCGAAUUGCCAAAGAGUCCAUUAAUUUCAGUAUUCUAAACAAGCAUAUACCGGACAAUCCAUCCGUACCAUUCAGCUUUACCAAUGAGACAGUAUGGAUUAAGCCAGAAGAUCAGCUGCCAUGUUACUUGACUCACACCAACCCUAGAGUGGAUGAGAUUGUCCUUAAGAACCUUCACCUUAAUAGUCAUGUUAAAGAAACGACAAGAGGACCUCGAUACUGUCCCUCCAUUGAAUCAAAAGUUUUGCGUUUUCCAAACCGUCUACAUCAGGUUUGGUUGGAACCUGAAGGAAUGGAUUCUGACCUUAUCUACCCACAGGGGUUAUCUAUGACGCUACCAGCUGAGUUACAAGAGAAAAUGAUCACAUGCAUCAGAGGCUUGGAGAAAGCUAAAGUGAUUCAGCCAGGCUACGGUGUUCAGUAUGAUUACUUAGAUCCCCGUCAGAUCACUCCUUCCCUGGAGACUCAUUUGGUUCAACGACUCUUCUUUGCUGGACAGAUCAAUGGCACCACUGGUUAUGAGGAAGCUGCAGCUCAAACAGAGUGUUGCUCUGUUGCCAGGCUGGAGUGCAGUGAUAUGAUCUCCCAGGUUCAAGCGAUCCUCCUGCCUCAGCCCUCCCUAGUAGCUGGGACUGCAGGCAUGCACCACAACACCCAGGGUGUGAUAGCUGGAAUCAACGCCAGUCUUCGGGUCAGUCGCAAGCCUCCCUUUGUGGUUAGCCGAACAGAAGGUUACAUAGGAGUCUUGAUUGAUGACCUCACUACUCUGGGCACCAGUGAACCAUACCGCAUGUUUACCAGCCGAGUAGAGUUCCGUUUGUCACUGCGCCCUGAUAAUGCUGACAGCCGGCUCACACUGCGAGGGUAUAAAGACGCUGGCUGUGUGUCCCAACAACGAUAUGAAAGAGCUUGUUGGAUGAAGUCUUCUUUAGAAGAAGGCAUUUCUGUGUUGAAAUCUAUUGAGUUUUUGAGCUCUAAAUGGAAAAAAUUAAUCCCAGAGGCUUCUAUAAGUACUAGUAGAAGUCUGCCUGUCAGAGCUCUCGAUGUUCUGAAGUAUGAGGAAGUUGACAUGGAUUCAUUAGCCAAGGCUGUUCCAGAGCCCUUGAAGAAGUAUACUAAAUGUAGAGAGCUGGCUGAAAGACUGAAAAUAGAAGCCACUUAUGAAUCAGUGUUGUUCCAUCAACUACAAGAAAUAAAGGGAGUUCAGCAAGAUGAAGCUCUCCAACUGCCAAAAGACCUAGAUUAUUUGACUAUCAGGGAUGUGUCUUUGUCCCAUGAAGUUCGAGAGAAACUACAUUUUAGUCGUCCACAGACGAUCGGGGCUGCUAGUCGCAUACCCGGAGUAACACCUGCUGCCAUCAUCAAUCUGCUGAGAUUUGUGAAGACCACUCAACAAAGACAGGCGGCUAUGAAUGAAUCAUCCAAGACUGAUCAAUACUUAUGUGAUGCAGACAGACUUCAAGAGAGAGAGUUAUAGCUUUCAAUUCAUAAAAGAUUUUUAAAGAGCAUAUAAAUAAUUUGAUCAAUACAACAGUAUAGAUAAAAGAAUUAUUUAGCACAUGUUAAAAUAGCUUUAUUAGGUUACUGUGGGUUUGCCAUUAAUUUCUGAGUGGGACAGAAAUUAUAAUUGUGCUUUUUCGUGUAUAUGAAAAAACUAGUCGUAAACAAUUUGUACUCUUUCUUUAAGGAGCUGUAAUACAAAUAACUUUGUGCAGUGUUCAUCAAAGAGAGAGACAGUGAACCUAAAACUGAACCUGGAAUAAAACUCAACAUGCAGAUUUGCCUACUCAUAGGGACUUUGCCUAUUAAGUCUACCAAAUUAAAAGUCUUAUCAUUCA